CAGUGUAAGAUGUGAUAUUACACUUUCGCCGGGAAAUUGGAAUGCGCGUGGUGUGUUCCGGAAAAGUUGCCGCGUAAUCAUUGAAAUUCUUCAGAGGUUUUUCUUUGGGCUUUCCUACACGCUCCCGGUGGUGACAUCCUUCCAGUGGUUAUUAUGAGAAUUAACGAGCAAAUUUCGCCAAGUUUUCACAGAUUCAUCGGAAACUAUUUAUAGUGUGAGAUGGGCGACUCCGGUCGCUUAAGAUAUUAUUACAAAUUACAACAAAUGUGCACGCUAUAAAUUAUUGCACACGAGAAAAAGGAUGAGAGUGAAAUAUUGUAAGGAAAAUGUGAUUUGAGGUUUUUGUGAGAAGAAGUUAUGUGAUGUGCAAUUGGAAGUUGUAAUAUGACUCGGAAAAGUAAAUUGAGUGCAUAAACAUUGUGCCCCGGCAGAUUGUGUCUAAAUUUACUUGAAUAAAUUAGCACGUGCGAUCACAAAAAUAGUUGAAAUGGUUCAUACAAUCAUUACAGAAGCACUUAGUCUUGGUCUUGCAAACCCUUCACCAAAUUUCCAUAUCUGCCCCUAUCCCGAGUGAAAGUGAAUGAGGCUGAAACUUUAACAGAAAAAUAUAAUUUUCUAUAUUGUUCAAAAACCACUCAAGAUACAAACUACACAAUAUAUUCAUUAUUAAAACUAUUUUACGAGAGCAGUGAAAAUUGUAACAGUUGCAACGCCUCAAUUACGCAAUUAAAAUGAAUAAAAUGACAAUUGCUACUGUAUUAUUAUCGUAUCUUAUGGUGAGACAAUCGGUUACUCGUAGUAUCCAGAGUGAAGAAUUAUAGUGAAAUGCUAUUUAAUUAUUUACAUGCUGUGCAAUUAUGAACGAAUACUAAAAAGUACUCAGUCAUUUGGUGUAAACGAUAAAAAUAAAGCCGUCGUGGCGCCACGUGAACCAUGGCUAAAGGGUGGCCAAACCACCACUAUCCUCAUCACCACCGCGAUGGAUGAAGAAUCGGAAUCCGAGACUAUUUCACCUACCGAAACAUCAACCUCAUCAUUUGAAGACUUUAUAGUGCUUCCAGGUCCUGAAGAUGUGCUCAUUUACAACACAUCGAGUGGACUGUAUCAUCAGUCCGUUACAUUAACGGCUCGAAUGUGGCCACCGAUUGAAGCUGGUCCCCCUUCAACAGUCUGGGGACUUCCAGCAAUAGUCUGGGGUAUUUUAAUUGGUUGCUUAGUUAUUGUUCUCCUGGUACUGGCAACAUUGUUUUUCUGUUGUUGGUUGCUACCGCGUAAACGAAAAUUCUUAAGUCCAACUAGAUAUUGUACAACGAGUCCGGCAAGUGGACACGACAACAUAAUGGCACAUCGAUCAUCAAUUGUAGCAAAACAAUGGACCGAAUCUGGGCACAUGGUUGUACCGAUGACGAUUGGAAUGGUGCCACCUCAAUAUAGUGCACCACCAGCUCCUCCACCUCAUCCACGGCCACCGCCAACAAAUCAACGAAACACCGAGUAUCCACCGAGUCCCGCUUGCGGAACAUCAUCAAUGAGUCCUAGCGAUUCAAAGUGUAAUAUUCCGGAAACACAUAAGUCAAUGUGGGCUAUAAACCCAUUAUACGCUUCAAAUACGGUUUUGAGUGAAAAUGAUGCAGCAUAUAAAUCAAGAUCCCUACCAUCAUGGGGAAAAUCCAAACCAAGACCAGUCUCAACAGCUGAUGAUCUUGAGGAGCUCUACGCUAAAGUGAAUUUUAGUAAAAAGAGGCGGAAUCGCAUGCGGAACGAUGAAGCAGCUAUUAUAGCUUUAUGUCGAUCACGUUCACAAAAUUUAGCUGGUCUACCCCUGGAACGUGAAGGCGUUGUUAUAUAUGACGAAAGAACUGCACUUUAAGUUUUCCCCUAAAUAUAAAUGAACCACUGAAUACAGUCUUUGGAAUUCAUUGUUUGAAAUUUUAAAGGCUACUUUUGAAUGGAGUGAAUGCUGCUUUACCCAAGUAUUGCUGUCAAAUUUCGUUCUUUUCUUGGAAAACCCAUCUUAUAUUAUGUACUGUGUAAAUUGUUAAGUCAAAAUUAUAAAAAGAACUCAAACCUACAAAAAUUAUUGCAAUUCAGUCUCAUAAUGACCCAAAAAAUUUUAGGUGUAUUUUUUUCAACUCCAGAAUUGAUACAUACUUUCACACUUCUUCUCCUUAAAGUAUUUAUCGAAUAUUUUCAAAUCGAAAUAUUAAGAUCCAAAAUGAUUCAAAGAUGUGAACCGAAGAUGUUCUCAAAAACUCAAGAUUUCGAUUAGUGCAAUUUAGUUAGAGUUCGUAUCUUUAUAAUUUCCUAUCAUCAAUAUCUCGGGAAAAGGGGAAGGAUCGUAAAAAUAGAUUUAAUUCUUCUUCUCUUAGUUGCUCUACAUCGAAAUCUUUAGUAGCCACGGUAGGUAAUGCUAUCAACUCCUCCGUUCAACAGUUUCUCCAACACAGAAAAAUAUCUUCGUCAUACAUAACUCCCUUUUAACCUUGUUAAUUAUUUCCAAAAAGCUUCGGCAAUCAUAAAAUUUAGAUGAAACUGUUUGUAUCUUGGUAACGUACCAAAUUUGUGAUAAAAUCGGAUAUUGAUAUCAUUGGAAUUUUACUAAAAAAAUGUUAUAGUGGACCACUAAUUUUUAAAACGGCACCAUCAACGAAAUUUCGUUCAUUUCGUGGUCGAUUCAUCCCUGAGGAAUUUAAGCGAUACAUAUGCAAUUAUAACGAAGAAUAGCUGAACUAAAUAAGAUAUAGCCGGAAUAGCGAUUAGUGUUGAUAAGAGCGAGCUCAACGUAAAUAUCAAUAUAGGGUCCGUAGGUAAUAAACUAGAAUAUGUAAGGAAACAUUCAGAAAGGACAUGUUAAGAAUUUAAGUGACAUGUGUGUAGUGAAAACUUACAAUUCUAGUUGUACGCUAGAUGUAAGUAGAUAUUCAAUUCAAAACGAAUUUAAAAAUGUAUUGGAAACCGGAAAUAAAUAAGCUGAAAUAAAUGGAA